GCAUGUUCAUAAUAAAAAUUAACAUUAAGAUAUAAAUAAAUACUCAGAAAAAUCACCAGCUCCACAUCCACAAUGGGUGUCCUAACUUCAGGUCUCUUCGUUAGUUUCCUGGGGAUUCUUGGAGUCAGUGCUGAAUUAAUAGCUGUUGUACAGGUAGUUCGGCAUGGUCAAAGGAUACCCGUUAAAUUUUUUCCAACAAGCAAAUAUUUAGAUGGGGAAUAUUGGGGAAAUCUUGGAGCAGGACAACUAACAAAUGAAGGAAAACGCCAACUUUUUGCUUUGGGUCAAUACACAAGAAGAAGAUAUCCAAAUUUUCUUCCCUUGAAAUAUAACGCGUCAAGUUUCCACGCUUAUACAACAGAUGUUGAUCGCACCCACAUGUCCGCACAAAGCAAUAUAUACUCCCUCUUUCCAGCUACUGACGAGCAGGUGUGGCGUAGAAACUUGAAUUGGCAGCCAAUUCCUAUUCAUCCAAUAAGCAGGGAUGAGUUCUGGGGAGAUUCAGCAUGUCCUAACUUUUAUAUAUUAAGAACUGAAGCUCUAAACGAUAAGUUGUCUCAAUCUAUUGAUGAAGAAUAUGCAGGUGUAUAUAAAUAUAUUAGUAAAUAUAGUGGAUUAGAUAUUAAAAGCUAUUUCCAAAUUCACACUGUUUUUGACAAUUUCAAGAUCCAAGAGGACGUAGGACUUCCUCUUCCAGAUUGGUCUAAAGCUGUGUACCCAGAACCUAUAACGUCGAUCGCAGGGUGGCUUUUUGAGGUCUUUUCUAGGACAACACAAAUGAAGAGACUCAUUAAGGGCAGAUUUUUGAACAAAGUAGUAGAAUACUUCGAAAAAAUGGCAGACGAUCCAAAGUCUUCUGAAAAAUAUCAAUUUUACAGUGGUCACGACAGCAACAUCGCAUCACUCUUAAACUCGUUUGGAUCCUUCAAUCCUCCUUAUCCCCCAGAUUUUGCAAGUACAGUUUACAUCGAGCUGCAUUUCGAAAGUUGGCGCCACGUUGUGAAGGUGUUUAGUAAAGAUGGGGACAACGUGAAGCAAAUCAGUGUUAAUGGAUGUUCAUUAAGCUGUCCCCUGUCAAAAUUUAAAGAAGUUCUCAGCGAUAUUUUAAUCGAUAAGGAGACUUAUGAUGAAGAAUGUAGUAACAUCAAAGAUACUAGUGGACUGAAGAAACUGCUACUAGCAGACAGUAACACUCACAAAAUCACUACAGAAGAAGUUAGGGAGACCAGUUUUAUAACAUAAUGUUUAUUUUUUAUUCAUGACAAAGUGGAUAGAUUUUGAUAUUGAUUAAAUUUCUUAUUAAUCGCAUAUAAAUAAAGUAAAAUAAAUUAUU